GGCAGAAAGAGUGAGUGAGCGAGGUAGAGCGAUAGUAGGAGAGGAGAGAGAGAGAGGGAGGCGGUAAGAGCGUGUGAAGGAGGGCGUCUGAUGGAGAUGGGAGUAUUUAUAGGUAGAGAGAUGAGGAGAUAGAACGACGCGAAAGAGAGAGAAAGAGAGAAGGAGGGAGGAGAGAGACGAGAGAGGGAGGCAGAGAGACAGGGAGAGAGAGAGGAAAAUCCAGACACAAUAAGAAGAAAGGGAAGACAAAGAGGAGGAGAGCGCGAGCGAGGGACCAUGCUGAGGAGGAAGAGGAGCGUGUCGUUCGGAGGCUUCGGAUGGAUUGAUAAGUCCACAGUCAGCGCUCUCAGAGCUCGCAAACAGGAGCUCCUGACCAUCUCCAAUGUUCCUGUGGCAGACUGCCCCCCCUCUCCCCCCCGCACUGCACCUCCCACCAUGAAGUCGGCUCAUUUCUUCGACAUGAUGGAUAAGAUGGAGCAGGUGCCCGAAGCUGCAGAGAUGAAGACGAUCCCUCAGAGACAGAAGGACGACUACAUUCCUUAUCCGAGGAUCGAGGAGGUGUUGGAGAGGGGGGGGCCAUACCCUCAGGUCAUCCUGCCUGAGUUUGGAGGUUACUGGAUCGAAGAUCCCGAGGCCUCUCCUCCUGCUGUGCCUCCUCCCACCUGUCUGAAGAACAGGGGAGAGGGGGAGGAGGAGGAGGAGGAGGGGGGAGGUUUGAGAGGAAUCGAUGAGGUGGACACAGCCACAGGGGAUUAUGGGUACCGUCUGGAGGAGAUCAAUGAGGCUGCUCAGGCGUACAGGAAGCACUUCUUGGGCAGGGAGCAUUUAAACUUCUCCUGUUCAGCCAGCAGCCUGGGAAACCUGCUGCUUUCUGUGAGACACCAGGAGGAGAAGGAGCAGGAGCACCUCCAUGUUAUCAUCAGGUCUCGAGUGAAGAGCGUCCACCACAGACUGUCACUGACAGAGCUGCCUGACAUCCCCAGUGUACCAGAGCUCGCCAAGCUGCUGUGUGACGAGGCAGCCGGUCUGCGGUUCAGUCCCGUCCUCUACCCGAAGGCGUCUCAGCUGAUCGUCAGCUAUGACGAGCACGACAUCAACAACACCUUCAAGUUCGGAGUCAUCUACCAGAGAUUUGGACAGGUGUCUGAGGAGGAGCUGUUCAGGAACAACGAGGAGACGCCGGCGUUCACAGAGUUUCUGCUGCUGCUGGGAGACACAGUGGAGCUGCAGGACUUCAAAGGGUUUCGGGGGGGUCUGGACGUGUCCCACGGUCAGACGGGUUCUCAGUCCGUCUACACCGUCCACAGACAGCAGGAGAUCAUGUUCCAUGUCUCCACCAAACUGCCUUUCACUGAGGGAGACACACAGCAGCUUCAGAGGAAACGUCACAUAGGAAAUGACAUCGUGGCUGUGGUGUUUCAAGAAGAGGCCACGCCCUUCGUCCCUGACAUGAUCGCCUCCAACUUCCUGCACGCCUUCAUCCUGGUGCAGGUGGAGGAGCCCUGCUCCAAUAACACCACCUACAAGGUGUCUGUCACCGCGCGAGAAGACGUUCCUCCGUUUGGCCCGCCCCUCCCAAAUCCAGCCAUCUUUAAGAAGGGUCCAGGGUUCAGAGAGUUUCUUCUCACUAAGCUCAUCAACGCAGAGCUGGCCUGUUAUAAGAGCGACCGCUUCGCCCGGCUGGAGGAGCGGACCCGGGCGGCGCUGCUGGACAGCCUCCAUGACGAGCUGCACAGACGCUCCCAGAGCAUGCUGGGAUUGACAUCAGGCCUGGAGGAGGAGGGUCGAUCUGAGAAUGGACACGCCCACGGAGGACUGCUGGAGUCCAUCAAGAGGGCAAUGCGAGGACGGAGCGUCUCCAUGGAGACCAUGUCGCGGGGUGGGGCAGGUCUGCCCACAAGCCUGAGUGGGGGGGGUCUGGCACACAUCAGUGCAGAGUAUAACAUCAGAUCUCCUGUGAAGAGACGUUCGGGACUCUUCCCUCGUCUGCUGAGUGUCGACAGUCAGACAGAGAGACACACUCAGAGGAGUCUCCUCAGUGAGCAGAGGAGCUUCGACAGCUGCCAGCCCACACUGGAGGUGAGGUCAGAGCAGCCGUCCAAUCCCAGCUCCCCAGAGGCGGGACAACGGGACAGGAUCCACAUGAGGAAGGACAGCAGUAAGAUUUCCAGAUCCACGUCCAGCAGCUGCAGCUUCAGCGUCGCCACUGACGACACUCACCUGCCCACUCAGGCUGCAGCGGUCGAGGGUCAAAGUUCAAGUCCGCUGAUUGUGUGUCGCAGCCCCACAGAGACCAAGAAUAAAAACUCUCCCAGAUCCAACCUCAAGUUCCGCUUCGACAAGCUGAGCCACUCUGCUGCGCAGGGACAUUAGACUGUGAAGACAGCUGUGGAGAUUAACAACAAAGAAGUUCAGACAAACAUCAGAGGAGGAGAAGUCUAAUCUGAACACACACACACACACACACACACACACACACACACACACACACACACUUAGGUUAAAAAGGGAAAACACUUCAACAUUCCUCCUUAAUGCUGCGUCUCUUCAGACUGUGACAGAGUGAUCAGCCUCGUUAUCAGCUUCACUAAUUAAUGUUGAUUGUGUGACGAUGUCGAGGACACGCCGACAUGAACCGUGUUGGUGUGUCUGUUCUCUGACAAAGAUAGUUCAUGAGGGAAAAGAGGCGUCACUCUGUAACACCAUUGUACAGUGUUUCUCCAUCAGAGUGAGACCUCCUCUCUCCACAUCACAGCCACAUUCAUUAAUAGUCCUGACCCUGACCCUGACCCUGACCCUGACCCUGACCCUGACCCUGACCCUGACCCUGACCCUGAUCCUGACCCUGACCCUGACCCUGACCCUGACCCUGACCCUGAUCCUGAUCCUGAGUCCUUCUUCACGGUGUACCUGCUGAUAACAGCUGUAGAAUCUGAAGGUUCUGAUCCAAAACUGAUGAGCUGAUCAGUUUAAAUUAUUGAUCUGCAGGCUGUGGCGACAGGAAGUGAUCCUCUAGAGAGAGGAGGUCCCACUCUGACUGUGUCACAGAGUCGAGCUUCUUCCCCGAACAGACACACAAACUGACAACAGACAGGCGUCAUGUGAUGAACAUGUGAUGAACACGUGUUGGCAUGAACACAGCCACCAGAGCUCCAGCUGUUUACACAAAGCCUGCAGUCACAUGACCCCUCAGGUUCAGACCACACUCUGAUCCUGAGGCUGCUGACGGACAUGGUUUCCCACAAUGCACCACACACAGAUGUGUAAAGAUAAAUAAAAAUAAAUGAUGGUGAGACUGAGCAGGUCAGAAACAGUUCCUUUAAAUAAUUCAUAUUAUCAAACUUUUUUCUGUCAGUCGAUUAUUGAUUAAUCACCUGAUCACGUGUGCUCCAGAGCACUGGUUGUUGUUAUGGGGAGGUAACGCCGGGGGCCAGUAGGGGCCCUCAGGAGGUUGAUCAGCUCAUGAUGAGUGUGUGGUGUUGAGGUGGGGUCAGGUGGAGUCAUACACGUUGUUAUCAUACACAGAGCAUUUCCUGUUGGUGUCAUAUUGAUCAGGAACUCUGAGCAGAGCUGAGACCAGGAUCAGAGACUGGAGCUGUGUCCCAGUUCAGGGUCCACAUCCUGGUCCUUCGUAGAUCGAGAGGACCGAACCGAAGUGGGACGGUCUGGUCUACGGAGCCUAGCAACCAUGACAACACUUGUGACAAAACCUGAGGUUUCAAGGUCCUUGGUUUGAAGAGUUAGCUGUUGAAAUGAAUCUUGGGACAUGUUGGACCAUGAGGGAUCCACCUGUUGGCGUUUUCAAGGAGCCUCUGAAGUGGGAUGCUCGAGUCUCGUUGGGUUCCGUCUUCAGAUGCAGACCCUGAACUAUGACACAGCUCCGGCCUCAGAAACACUUCCUGUUACCAACACAGAUCAGGUUGAUGGAGCAGCUGAACGACCUGCAGCUUCUCCAGGUCACUGAUGAUGUCUUUGUGUUGUUGUGGGCUGAUCACGUCCAUGUAGUUUCUUCUUCUCUGUCCCUGAGAGCUGCACGUGGCGUCGGUACACUUCAUCGCUCAGUUACUGUCAUCACAGAUCAGAUAGACCUGAGUUACGUUCACAUCACAUGAACUGUGACACUGUGUUAAGAAGAAGCUGUUUGAUGCAAAAACCGACAGAAACUGACAACUGAUGUAUGUUUUGCACUAAAAUGAAUCUUCCUCUGUGGAUGUUAAAUGUACAUGAACACUGACUCUGUACAGACUGAACUGUCACUGUCUCGAUUGCACGGAAAGCACAAACUGUUCCUCUCCUCGCUCCGACUUCAGGUGUAAAUCUCUUUUUCUGUGUCUUCAGAUUUUUUGCAAAAUAAGAGUAAUAAUUUAUUUUGAAAGGGGCUGAUGAGAGGGAGGAAGUAGCAUAAAUACAAAGAUGUCUGUGUGUUUAUAUUUAAUGUUUCUGCAUCAUGAUGGAAAUCUGAGGUUUCUGUGAUUCUCACAUGAAAAUCUGACGUAUUAAAGUUUCUGCAGAAUGGA